AUGACAGAAAAUAUUAGUUCACGUAUUACAAUGUUGUUGGACAAUUCAAAUAAAAUUGUGAAAUUACUUACUAACACGAAGAAGUGCGCUCGAGCUAAAAUUACAAGAGGAUAUUUGGAUGCACGUUUAGAGAUGCUAUGUGAGUACUGGUCGUCUUAUAAUAAGCAAUAUGAGUACAUUACAACUACAUAUUCAGAGUCGGAUUUAAAAUCAUAUAAUCUCGAUCUAGAGGAAAAUUAUAACUCUACUGAAGAGGCUUACUUAGAUCUCAAGACCUGGAUAAAAGAUUGGUUAUAUGAACAUGAAACAAAAUCAAUUAAAACUGAUGAUGAUAACACCAUCACCAUCGCAUCAUCUUCACACUCGAGACCACAUCUUCCUCCGAUACCCCUUCCAGUAUUUUCUGGUGAUUAUAAUGAUUGGAUUAGCUACCGAGAUUUAUAUAUUUCAUUAAUACAUAACAAUAACAGUUUGUCUAAAAUUGAAAAGCAUCAUUACCUUAAGUCUAGUUUAACUGGGGAAGCAGCAGAAUUAUUAAAGAAUUUCACACUUACCGAAGCUAAUUAUCUCGAUGCAUGGAAAAAGCUGGAAGAAAGAUAUGACAACAAGAGGAUUAUUGUCAACAACAUACUGAAUCGCUUAUUAAGUCAAAAGAAGUUAGCUGGCGAAUCAACUAAAAGUCUCAAAGAAUUAUUAGACACUACUAGUCAAUGUCUUGACUCGUUGAAAAAUCUCAACAUAUGUAUUUCUAACUGGGAUGCUAUUUUAGUAUAUGUUAUUGUCGGAAAGUUAGACUCCGAAUCACAUAAACUUUGGGAGCAGUCUCUUGGUAAUUCUACUGAGAUUCCUACUUAUACCGAUUUAGCUUCUUUCUUGGAGAAUAGAUUCAGAACACUAGAAAUGAUUAGUUCAACUCAAGUUAAAGAAUUGUCAAAGAAGAUAUACACACCACAAAAAUUUACAUCUGUCAAAACUUACGUAACUGAAGUAAAUAGUACUUGCACAUAUUGUUCACAGAACCAUUACAUUUGUCAUUGUAAGAAAUUUGCUACACUUACCGUAUCAGAACGUCAACAUUUUAUAAAAACGAACAACAUCUGCUUCAACUGUUUGAUUAAGGGUCACUCUGUGAAUAAAUGUCGGCAAAGCACAACCUGUAAGAAAUGUGGACGACGUCAUCACACUUUGCUGCAUUUAACAACUCUUAACAAACCAGAGAUUACAACUGAGAGAAAUGAGUCAGUACAGAGUCCCUCUACGUCUUGUCAUACUGCUAACACGAAACCUGAAACAAAUAAUAAACAAGUUAUUUUACCUACAGCUCAAAUUAAAGUAAAGGCAAAGAAUGGCUCUACUUACGUUCUCAGGGCACUUGUAGACCAGGGCUCUCAGGCUUCUUUUGUUACUGAAGCAGCUGUACAACUGUUGAAUCUUGAUCGCACACCUGUAAUUGGUAAAGUCACUGGAAUAUCCAACUCACAAGAAGUUACUACUAACUCUAUGAAAACUGACUUCAUUAUUACCGUCUCGAGAAUUUCCACAAGGUACUUGGCCUUCAUCAAUGCAAUUAGAUCUAGCUGA